AUGGAGGCUGCGCUGAGGGGCCACGACGCUGCCUGUGCUAAUCAGUCAGCGGCGUCUGCGAAUGGGACACAGCCGGCGUCCGUGACCGAUGUGACGUCCUGCCAGUUUUGGAGUAUUGUCUACAAUGACGUCGUGCUGCACGUCUCUAUAGUAUUGAUUCUGGUUUUCUUUUCGUUCUCGUUGGUGGUGAACGUCUACCUGCUGUUGGGGCUGGAGCACUCUGAAGCUCUCUCCUGGCAGCCGCGCUACAUGCUGCUGAAGAAUUUGGUUGUAAGCGACCUUCUGCAGACCUUGACUAUGGCUCCGUCUGCACUGUACUGCCUAUUUUAUCAUCAGAUGCUGAGAUUUAGUGGAUGGUGCUUAGCUCAGCUGUUCAUGGCCACACUAGCUAUUAUCACCUCAUUAUUGACCGUCUUCUUCAUGGCUUUGGAGCGCUACGUCUACAUAUGCCACGGAAUCCAUUACUUGUCCAUCAUGACGAACGUGAGGAUGUACAUCUGCCUGGUUCUUAUCUGGAUGCUGGCUCUGUUCGUGGCUACCACUCGUAUCAUUCUUGUGAUGUCAGGACAACCGAGGUUUGGUCAAAACGCCCCUGGAUUUGUAUGCGAGCCCGGAGUCGUACAGGUGCAGUUGACGUUCAAGUUGCGCUUCGAGAUCUUCAACAAGGCGACGAUGGUCACGUUUCUUCUCCUCGCCGUUUUCGUCUUCUCCUUUUCUUACGGACGAAUGUACCAGGAAGCCAGGCAGGCCCUGCAGCCCUUUCAGCAGGACAAUGCCUGCGCUCGGCGCACCGUGGCUUUCUACCUGGGAAUCUUUUUCCUGCAGCUGAUCCCGAGCUUCUUUAAGUUCGUUACCAUGUUCCACGAGGAAGCCGACUUCCACCUGUUUGUAGUUUUACUGGUCUUGGUUCCGCCGUGCAUAAAUCCUCUGGCCUACGGUUACAGGAACAUGGAGGUGCAUCAGGCACUGAAGCAUCUUUGUGGUUUCAGGGUGAGCGUGAGGCCGUUAGUAUCAGUGGGGACUUUAUCUGUUUCCGUUCCCUCUCCAGAAGCUGCUGAGUGA